CAAAAGUGCGUGCCCGCCGCGAGACAGUGUUCCACGCUGCACGGAGAGACCGGGAACCCACACGCCACCGCCAGUGCCCACUGAGCUCUGCAUCAGCAACAGAAACUUCAAGACCCGACUGAGUGACCUCAUGAUGGCAGGCAGCAAGCUCACCCUCCUGGUAUUCUUAUUCGCUGUCGUCAUACUGCCGGCAGUCGUCAACUGCAGGUCCCUCUUCCAUCGCGACCGGCGCAGUGGUAUCUCUGACCAGCGGCUGGCUGAACUCGAGACCCUGGCUGGGCUCAAGUCCCUGCGGCACCGGCUCAAGGGCAUCACGUUCCCAGUUGCCUACGGACUCGUCGAUCCAAACAAAAUCGGCAAGAGGAAGCGAUCCUUCGAGUCACAAGAGGAGUCCCAGCAGCCGCAGCAGCAAUCCCAGAGCGAUCGCCAAGCAGGCGCCACCGACGCGUCUUCAUCAUCAUCGCUUUAUCAGAAUAUUGUGGACGACGCCGCCCUCGAGGACUACCUGACCGGCCUGCCGACCCCCGACGUGACGGCGCAGAGGGUCCGCUCACCCGACCAACUCCUCAGAAUAUAGAAGGGCAUCCAACAGCCUUCGUUAAAUUAUCCUUUCCUGUUAGGCAUCCACAUUCAACAAAGCCUGUGUUCUGUGCUCCCUCUUUCACAAAACGAUGCUCCCUUGUCGUACACCACUCGUGAGCUAUUCGUUCGGCGGUGAUGCUGACGAUUACGCAAUAGUGGCUAUAAUUUGGGGUGUCUAAUGUACUGAGACCAAAUGCGCAAUAUGAAAAAAAAAUCUGAACACACUCCCAUGAGAAAUGUUUACGCAGCCCGACUCCACAGCUACUUCUGAACAAAAGAAAAAAAAACAACUGCGGGGUUUUUAGGAAACCUGAAGGUGGCACUGAUGGUGAAUGAAAAUGUACCAGAUAAAGUGUAUUUAACGCUGUCACAUACACAUGAAACGCCAUGACAGCUUGACUCAAUCAUUGUGUUUCCUCAGACGAAAGCACAGUCGAUCACGCUUGUUUUAAAAACUUGCGAGCCCGCUGCGCUACUAGCAUCCAUUUAUUUUGCCACGAUGCUUUGUUUCGUGCCCAUUUUAUAUUGUAUAUUCAUUUUGAUAACCUGAAAUAUUAGAUGACUUGUCCUACUGUGCUUAAAGCGCCUUCAAUACUGCCGACAAUGUGACCAAUCAAUGAGAUUAGGUGAAGUUAUGCCUGCAAGGCUGAAAAUAUAUCGUUGCGGGGGUGGCGCAGUGUUGACUGCAGAAGCUGCGCUGAGAGAGUCAAGGCCGCUGCCACGAAUAGAUAAGUAAAUAUUCAAUGUAUUGCAUCGAUAAGAACACUGAUGAAUUCUAGCUAGCCAGCAAGAAAUAGAUUUACUUAUAAUACUAUCAAAUGCCAAAGCAUACGAAGCAAUAACGUAGAACAUCUGCACAUGGUCAGCAGUUAUGAGUACAUCAGAACGUGCAUUUUAGGUUUUAAGCAGGUGCCAAAAAAUAUUGAACAGGAGCAGUAGUGUCUUUUUCAUUCGCAUUCACAACUGGUGUCAGUCAUUAUCACCGAGGUUAGGAUUUUUCGACGUUCGUAGGUUGCAGCUCCUGUCUAGUUCAUCACAGCUCUCAGAAAGAGUACCCCAUAGCCAAUUCUGCUAUCCGCGAGAGCGUUCAAGACGUCGCAGGUACAUUUAGAUCAAUAGCAAAUUUUUAGGUUAAAUGGUCAAGGGAAACUCUAAGAAACACUCAGUCAGCCCCCAAGAAAAUAAACUGUAUAGAAUAAAAAUGACACAUGAGAUUGGUGGUUACAUCUUGUCUAUGUAAUGAUGAACAUGACUUGGUGAAAGUGCCGAAUACUUCCGUAUUCAACAAAUAUUUGUGUUGAAAUGUUUUCGGACACGCAACUGCCUGACAAAGCGUAACGUUUCGCAGAUAGGCAUAUCCUCCUUGGAAAUGGCCACGUGAUUGGUCAGUGAAAGCGGUGUCUACUUUAUUUUAUUCAGAAGUGUUACGUGUGUUUAAAAAACACCCUCAGCAUAGCUAAAUUCUGUACAUCGCUGACACGAGCACAAUAUCGGCGCAUGGCGCACCAUUAAAUUUAGUGAAUAAAACUGUUUUAUUAAUUCCCAGCCUAUGUAGCCUCAGCAAUAGACUCUUGCUUAUCAAGGCGGCUUCGCGCGAUGAACCAUUUAACAAAAAACGCAAAGCAAACAAAGGGAAUGUUUGCUAACGCCUACAAAAAUGUGCAGUGCGUUGCUUUUCAAACUGUAGUCUGCAUUUUUUGAGAACCCACGCUGCUACUGAUGUUACACAUGAAUCGUUUUAUUUCAGGUGACUCUCUGUCAAUGCGUGCAGUUAGUGAAUUGAAAACAUGCUUUCAUGUAAAUGUUCCACUGCAAACACUCUGUUCAUGUAUCAUCGAUUCCUUUGUACCGGAUACCAAUGGUGUUAUCUCGGUGUUGAGCUGAACGUGUGAUGUUUCGAAGUUGUAUUUAUUGAAAUUAAGUUGAGCUAACUGCUUGAAAUUUGUGGAGCUCUUCAUUUUCGAGCGACCCAUCAAAACACUUUAGCAGCUACUAACAUCAAUUAUAGAUGUCAGCGCGCGACGUCGGAAAUGACGGUAUACAAUACUGGCUGUCAACCCAAAAAAUAUUAUCUGUUCAUCCGCCAACAUGUUUUUCCUCAUGUAGUGGUGCCUGCGUCUUUCAUUUAUUUACAUAUAUAGUUAAACAAUUGUUUCAUUGUAUUAUAUACAUGAUGUUGCCUGUUAACGCAUAUAUUUUAGUGUUGCAUACAGUUCUUCUUCGCUGCAUUUUGUAAAUAUGGGUAAAUAUCUUUAGAGAUUUCUGCUCAGUACUUGUGCUGAUUAGGUUCUGUGUCGCAAAAAUAAAAACGUACUGUUCGUCUGUUGGAACCGA